AGUAAAAAGAGAGAGAGCGACAUGACAAAAGUCGGGCAGAAAAGUGACACAAAUGUAAGUGCGACAUAGACGACAUAACAAAUAAGCGGAAAAACUAUGGCAAAUUUUGGAGUCCUUAGAAAGUGUUUAACAAGAGCUCAGCCGUUUAUCAAUUCAACCUUACCCACGCACCGUCGUACCGCCACAAUACUUCUCGCUGUAAAUAACUCAAAUCCACAAACUGUGCUCAGUAAUUGGAACAGCAAAGCUUUUUCGCUUCACCAUCGUCCAUGUCGAUAUUCCUUUCUAACUUACACAAAGCAGUACAGUACGUCAAGAGAUGACAAACUGACCGAAUCCAAAAAUGAUCCUGACAGUCAGAAAGGAAGUAUUGAGGACUUUAGAGCUAGGGAAGAGCAACGCGAAGAAGCGUAUUCCAGUCAGUAUGCCAGCGGUAACAGUGAGGAGAAAGACGAUGCAAAAAUUCAAGAAAUUCGAGCAAAAAUUAUGGACGCCGCUUUGCCGUUCGUAUUAAACUAUGGUUGGUGCCGACAGGCUAUAACAAAAGGGGCACAGUCGGUAGGAUAUCCUGGAAUUGUGCAUGGAAUGUUCCCGGAUGGUGGCAUAGAAUUAAUUCAUUACUUCUAUGCUCGAUGCAAUGAACAGCUAAUCGAACAGUUGAAGAAAGAAAUAGCUGCAAUGGAUGCUAGCAAGAACCACAAUCCAGUUGAAUUUGUAAGCAAAGCUGUUCAACUCAGACUCCAGAUGAUUGAACCGUACAAAUCACGUUGGCCUCAAGCUCUGGGUAUGAUGUCCUUACCGCCGAAUGCACAGAAAUCAUUGGCACAUCUGCUAACUCUAAUCGAUGAUAUAUGUUACUAUGCUGGUGAUCGUUCAGUAGACAUCGGUUGGUACACUCGUCGAAUUGGUUUGGCUACAAUAUACAAAAUGACCGAACUGUACAUGUUGCAAGAUAAAUCACAGGGGCAUGCAGACACAUGGACCUUUUUGGAGCGUCGAAUUGAAGAAGGUCACCAAAUACAGGAGAUGCUUGUUGCUGGUGAUCAGACAACAAAAAAGGCCUUAAAUUCGGCGUUUCAAACGGCUCGUAACAUACUAGGUCUUAAUUUCGAUCGGCGGUAAGACCGUUGGAUUGAUUAAUUUAUACAAAUAAACUUAAGACGAACAUAUGGUGCAUCUGUGAAGACUCUGUAACUAAAAUUUAGUUAAAUUUUAAUACAUUUCCGCAAGAACCUUGACAA